UUCUAUGAUAUAGCAAGUAUUUGCGAUAGAAAAACAGAAGUGUUGAUUGUAAAAGCCAUUUCUCUUGUUCAGGGAGAGAAUCCUUUUGAAACGCAAGAUUAUGCUCAGGAUCAGCAGAUAGAAGGAGAUGAAGACGAUGAAGAGAAGAUCGUCGAACCCACGGAAGAGAAGGACGAGGAUGACGAGGAUGAUGAUGAUGAAGAUGAAGAUGUAGAGGAAGCAGGAGGAACAGAAGAGAUAGAAGAAGUAGAGGAAGAUGGAGCAGGGGAGGAAGAGGGAGAUGUGGGGGAAGGGGAGGAAGAGGGGGAUGUGGAGGGAGGGGAGGAAGAAGGGGACGUGGGGGAAGGGGAGGAAGAAGGGGAUGUGGGGGAAGGGGAGGAAGAA